AUGGCUUCCCUCCAAGAUAGCCAGAAUAAUAGCCAGACGCAAUUUGAAAAUAUCCAAAAACAAACGGCGCGCAAAAAGUUUGCAAAACCCCCUGUCAAAGUAGCUUGUCUAUCUUGUCGCGCGUCCAGGAUAAGGUGCGAUGGGAAAGCGACCUGUUCAGGGUGCGCCAGCAAGGGAAAGGAAUGUAGCUAUCUCCCUAGCAAACGGGGAGGCCCACGGAAGAAAAGAGUAGGACAACCUUCAACCUUAGGCAUAGAAUCCUACGACAAAUCGUGGCCUUCAAAUUUCCCUCGCCUCCAUGAAGCAGUGUUUAACCAAUUCGACUCGAUUGCCGUUCCGGGAGCUGGAAUCAGACAGCUUGACUUUCCCACCGAUGUUCAGUCCAUGUUUGAAGACUUAUUUGUGCCUCCGAAUGUAGAUGCUUCACGUACUCUGCUGGGCGCCCCACCUGCUCUCAUUCAUUUACCCAACUCGGAUCCUCCACGGGUAAGGUUAUACGGUAGUGAAGCUGAGAUAUUAAAUGGAUAUUACAUAUUCAUUCAUCAAUAUUUUCCAAUAUUCCCGCCUUCACAUACCCCCAUCACGGCGGACCGGCCCUUAGCUUCUCCAGGGAAAGUUUCAAACCCGAAAUCCACCACCGAGACACCUUUGAGCUACACCCCGAGAUCGCCCAUCACGUUAGCAAUAUCAGCAAUACUGGCACUUGUACCCCAUCCAAAGGACCCAAACCCAUCCUCUCCACAGUCAGUGGAACUUCGAAGGUUCUAUGCUCAAUUGUUCUCGCAAGCAGCUUUUGAAAGUGUUGAGAGUGAAUCUGAACUUGCGGAAUCCAGCGCCAGUCCUUCGCAGGCCCUCCUUAAUGAAAAUCCUAUUCCUAAACGAUCAGUAGUUCACCCUCACGUCCCCGUCGAACUAGAAGCCAUUCUAGCACUUCUAGUUCUUAGUGUUUAUGAAUAUGGGCAGCGAGGAAAUCUAGCCAAGAUGCGUAAUCGUGCAGGCCAGGCUUACGUUAUGGCGAUGAAUAUGUCACUGCAUGCUUUGCCACCAAAAGAUAACAUUUUCGCUGAAGCAAAACGGCGAGCUUGGUGGAUGACGUAUUACUCCGUUUGUCAAGGUUCAAUCGUGAGCACGACUCCUCCUACAAUCAUUGGCGACGACAGACGUUUUGUUACCCCCUAUCCACGCUUUGCUUCGGAUCCGGAUGGCUGGUCAAUCCUCCUACGAACCCAGCACGCUCUUCUUACUGCAACUCAAUUCGUCAUUGAGCUCAAUCAAACUCUAAAGUCCAAAAGCAAUAUGUCGUAUGUCUACAGGCGGAUGAAAGAGCUUGACACUUGGAUUCGGCCCGUUUUGGAGCAGGCCAACGCUCCUCCGUCUAUGUCUUCUGUGGGAGAUAUGAACGACUCAGAGGCAGUAACUGCCCAAAGCAUCCGAAAGAUAUCGCUUAUCAAGCUUUCCAGCGCACAUAUCAAAACCCACCGUUUCCGAGCAUUCUUAGACAUUCCGAUUUUCCUUAAGAAAUACUGUGAUCUUACCUGCGCAAGUUUAGGUUAUCCAGGGACGGGAUCCGAUACACAAGAAAACUCGAGAUUUUCUUGUUGUACCAGCCUGUCGGAUGCUCCAGCAGCCCCUCCAGGAGGCCAAUCACUACCACCUUGCUCUCCAGAUUCUGACGCAUCCGGCGCCACUACCUCAUCCUCUUCCUGGAUCAUCGACGAUGCAUUUCCAUUCACAAACCAAGAGUCAACCGUGAUAUGUCUAAACUCCUCUCUCAGAAUCGCUCAAAUGUUCCACAGCCUUCCUUACCCAAGACCAAGAUAUGGUGAUAUCACUCCAGAGAAUAAUGCUCCAUCGCCCUCAGAUGAUGCCAUUCCAGCUCUUCCGCGGACCAUGCCAUCAUUUGCCUGCUGUGCAAUGCAAAGUAGCUAUGCGAUGCUCAUGCUUUAUUAUAAAUUACGGACCUCAGACCAGGCCGGUACCGCUCCACACAACCCACUCAACACUUCCAUAGAAUUAGUGAGGAAGCUCAAGUACGGUUUGGAAAGUGUGAUUGGUGCUGUUAGAAAUUAUUCAAUUGCAUUUGAAGCACUAGACGGAAUGAGAGAAGAAAUCGAGGGAGCCUACAUGACAGCUUUUCCGCAGCCAUAA